CUCGGGACCUGAGUUAAGAUUUGUUCACCAAGCGAAGUCAAAGACAGGCUGAUAACACAGGGGAAGGCGUUCUAGAAGAAAUGAGAAGACAUCUACGGUGACGAUGUCGGUUGUCGUUGGCAGACGGAGCGCCCCUGCGGGGAUUGGGGGCUUACAAGAAACUUCGGGUCCCACGGGAAAUAAUCGCCUCAGUGGGGACAGACAGAGAGCACGGACAGUCAGUACAGUCACCAGUACUCUAGGCCUGGUGCCUUUUGGGUUUGAAUCCAGGACUUCCUUCGACGCAGACGAGACUUUACAAAGACUGCGCAGCGAAAGAUACGUGUUUAAACCUCCCCCGAAGGAGUUCGAUAUAUGGAAAAAACCGCCCCCAGAUUUUCGGGCGCAGUGUUACGAACCCAACCCCCCAAAGAGAUGCUCACGGGAAUCUAUGAAGCCCUGGAGAUAUGGGACAUUCCCGGGUCAACCAAAGCCUAAGAUAGACCGGGAGAAAGAUAAACCCCUACCUCAAGUGCUUAGACCAAAGAGGGAAAGAUCUGCAAAACUUGUCACGGCGUUCCGUAUCCCAGACGCCUGGGAAGCAAAGCGCGUGUUCCCCACGACAGGUCAAUACGAAGCUGGUGUAUACGAGCCUCCUAAACCACAUGACCACAGAGGGCUGCCUCCUAUUAAGACCCUCGGGCUGGACGAGUUUGACGUCUACUAUGACAAAGAUCCCUACAAUAUUUACUUUAAGACAAAAACGCUCAAUAUAAUUCAUGGUUUAGACACCGUACCACUGCGAGAUUUGAGUGGAGAAAAGAUGGCGCCACCCGCCAAGUACGGACCUAAGUGGGAGAAAGAACUAAUACUUCCCACUGAGCCUUAUCCAAACAAACACUGUGAAACAACGCGUCACAGACGCCUUCGAAGAUCGGUCCAGAGCGCCCUCUACGAGCGUAUAGAAAAUAAACUAAACGCACAGUGGGCCAAGGAGCAGUUAGAGAAAGCGUUACAAGAAAGUGCCAAAGCCACAAAAAAGGAAGCCGACUCGAAAGGCAAACGGGUCACGUGGCAGCAAGAAAAAAUGACAGAUGAAGCGGAAUUGUUGGACGGCUAGAAAUGACAUUGUUGGUAACGUCAAACCGCUCCCUAUUGAAAGGUGCAUUUUAACUUUAAAAAGGGGGGUAAAGAAGACAAAAGAAAAUGUAGUGUAUUAGAGAAGCCGAGGUCAUGCGACCUAGAUUUAUUUCACCUCAUUCAUUCAGUUGGCUGUUUGCUCAGUAGGAUUUGAGAUUCUGGCUCAAUGUAAGUUUUGGCUUUCCACGUGCCAUUUGAAGCACGCAUGUUCGUCUUCACAGUAUCAGGUCUUCGUUUUUUUUUUUUUUUUUUUUUUUUCAUUUGAAAAGUGGUCUUCACAGUAUCAGGUCUUCGUGUUAGAUUCCAGUUUUGUAGCUGUGCAUUUUUAAAGAGCGUACCUACAGUAUAUGUAUGCCCGCAGUUAACGAAGAUUUUUUGUAUUAGUUUUGACAGCAUUGAGGGGGUAUUUAUAUUUUAGACACAUCAGUAUUGGUUACAUUCAGUACUUUAUAGCGAGGGGGUGUUCAAAAUAUUUGAUGCUUUUUCAAAUGGGAAUUCAAAUUUCGAAGAAAGGAGGAAUGUCUUUCGGUCGAAAGCUCAGACUUCGGGGGUUCUACUCCUGCACCUCUCUCAACUCGCCCCUGUAAUGUUUAUUAAAAUAAGGCAAGUCUUAAUCAAUGUGAUGUGAAAUAAUCAAAAAGUUAUUAUUUUUACUUUUUUAUCGCUCAACAUUCCAAAAGUGGUGCCAUUAAUUUUCAAAUGGACAAUUUUUAUUCAAACAUAGGGUUUAUUACUUGUGACAUAGCAAAAUGUAAACAUCACGGGUGUAAAUAUGUUUUUGGAGCGCUCUGUGGAAAUUCUACGUCACUUACUGUGCUUCAUUAUUUGUGAUAACGAAAGAUAAAUUUUUGCUAAAAUUAUUUAGUACUACUUUGUUUUUUAACUGUGAUUGGGUACUAAAAUUUGUACUUCAAAGAAGAAGUUAAUUUGGCGCUGGGGUUUUACAUGAUAAUUUUACGUUUGCAAUUACUAAAAAUAAAAAUAUCUGUUACGUGGAUGCUGACACAAAGCGAGAAUCGCUUCGUGGGUUUUUGUUAUGUCACGCAAUGGUUCUUAUGUGCUUUAUUAUUGUACAAGCGAAAUGUGUGCGUAUGCAAUUGUAAAAAAUAGCUCUGAACACGUCUUAGUACGUUCAGUGCGCGUACUUUUUGUCGCAAUAAUGUUUUUUAUUUUUAAUGUAUGUUUU